AUGGCGAACAACUUGAUUCCUCUGAUUAUUCUCUUCUUGGUGGUCGGUGUCCUCGGCGUGGUCGGUUUCGUCGUCUACACGAUUGUGCAGGACAUCAGCAACAAGACAAAAGCCAAUAUGGAGAAAAAGAACAUUAUGUUCACCAAGGACGGCGUGAAGGUGUCGAUGAAGCAUGUGAAGGACGAGGACUACAAGGAUCAGACUCAGAGCGUCCUUGUUAAUGUGUGGAAUCACACUUCAUUCCCGGGGUACAAGAGUAGACUGUGGGAUAACGGAGCUACCCCAGAGCCAGAGAAGAAGGUCACGCGACGGUAA